GUGCAUAAAAGAUAUAGAAGUACGAUUUGGACAGGAUUACGUAUGCGUAGCUAUGCCAGGCUGUACAGACCUUAUAACCAUCUAAAUCGUACCAGUGGUGUUCCUCUCUUGAAUUGGUGCUGUAUCAAAAUCUCGCGAAUUUUGUCUUCUGUCAGUGACGCGUCUAAUCACAUGACACCUGAAAGGGCCGACAGGAAGAUGGCGGGCAGCGCAAGAGUAGGAUGGGCGGGGAACUUGACAAGGAGGUGGUGAGGAGCGCAGGUAGUCAUGGAACACAUAUCUACUCCGAAGGUGGAGAAUGUAAAGUUAUUUGAUCGCUACACAAAUAAGAGACCUGCCGUUGGGACUUUGUAUUUAACAGCAACUCACCUCAUCUAUGUGGAGUCUGGAGUUGGAGCCCGUAAGGAAACAUGGAUCCCACAUCAUCACAUUUCCUUAGUGGAGAAGCUGGCACUUAACACCACUGGCUGUCCACUUGUAAUUCGCUGCAAGAACUUUCGAGCAGCACAUUUUGUCAUCCAGCGAGAAAGAGACUGCCACAAAGUGUACACGUCGUUGCUUAAGCUUUCCCAACCAGCAAAAUAUGAAGACUUGUAUGCAUUUUCAUACAAUCCUAGCCACGACAAAGAUGAGCGGGCUGUGGGAUGGAAACAGGUUGACCUGGAGGUGGAGUUCCUUCGCAUGGGCAUCCCUAAUGAGUUCUGGAAGCUGACUGAUCUCAAUAAGGAUUAUAAGGUUUGCAGCACCUAUCCAACCUGUCUUGUUGUACCAAAGGAAGCUAAUGAAGCUACAAUUCUUGGGAGCGCAAAGUUCAGAAGCAGAGGGCGGUUUCCUGUGCUGUCGUAUUAUUUCAAAGAUAACAAUGCUGUGAUUUGUAGGUGUAGCCAACCUUUGUCCGGCUUUAGUGCUCGCUGCGAGGAUGAUGAGAAAAUGCUUGAGACAAUUGGCAAGGCUAACCCAGGAAGCCCCUUCAUGUAUGUUGUAGACACGAGACCUAAGUUGAAUGCAAUGGCUAACAGAGCUGCAGGUAAAGGCUAUGAGAAUGAAGACAAUUACCCUAACAUUCGUUUUAAGUUUAUUGGGAUUGAAAACAUUCAUGUUAUGCGUAACAGCCUUCAAAAACUUUUAGAAGUGUGUGAAAUGAAAAGUCCGUCCAUGAGCAAUUUCCUGACUGUCCUUGAGAACUCUGGGUGGUUACGGCAUAUUAAAGCUGUGAUGGACGCCGGCGUUUUCCUGGCAAAGGUAGUGCAAGAUGAGAAUGCAAGUGUGUUGGUUCACUGUUCUGAUGGUUGGGACCGAACAGCUCAGGUGUGCUCUCUAGCCAGCAUUCUGUUGGAUCCUUUCUACAGGACUAUCAAAGGAUUUAUGUUUCUUAUAGAAAAGGAGUGGAUAUCUUUGGGACACAAAUUUACUCAAAGAUGUGGCCACUUAGACGUGGAUCCAAAAGAGGUUUCACCUGUAUUUACACAGUUUGUUGAGUGCGUGUGGCACCUCACGGAGCAGUUCCCCUGUGCCUUUGAGUUCAGCGAGAGGUUCCUACUGGAGAUCCAUGACCAUAUUUUCUCCUGUCAGUUUGGCAACUUUAUUGGAAAUUCCCAGAAGGAACGCGAAGAACUAAAGAUCUUUGAAAGAACUCAUUCUUUGUGGCAAUUCCUCUUGCAAAGGAAACAAGAGUUUGUGAACCCCUUAUAUACACACUUGGCCUACAAAACACUUCGGCCAAUCACCCUGCCUUUCACCUUCAAGUUCUGGUGUGGAAUGUAUAACCGCUUUGACAAAGGGAUGCACCCCAGGCAAUGCGUUUUGGAUUACCUGCUGGAAUGUAUGAACAAGAAAGCAGCACUGGAGAAAAGUGAGAUUGAGGCAGAAAAUAAACUUGCUGCACAGGACUUCCCUGAGAAGAAAGGACCCAGUGUAUUAUCAGUGCACUUACAGACUGUACCUACAACUGAAGUAAUGGCAAAUAAAGACAUUCCAGAGCUUUCUAAAGAAGAGACUAAGUGUCAGCUGUCAAAUGGAUCCAUGACAGAUAGUGACCAUAAUUUAAUUGAGACAUUGGAAAACAAUCAGUCAGUAUCCAAUGGUCAUAAUGUUACUGGAGAAGUGGAAAAUAAUCUGUCAGUAGCCAAUGGUCAUAAUGUUACUGGAGAAGUGGAAAAUAAUCUGUCAGUAGCCAAUGGUCAUAAUGUUACUGGAGAAGAGGACAGGACUUCCUCUACCUGUAACCUUUUACCUUCAACUGGGAAAUUAGAUACUGGUAAUAUCAUUACUCAGUCUGGAUCGCCGCAAGAGAUUUAAGUAUCUCUACCAUCUGUCCCUACCGUCGGGUAUAUCAUAUCUAAAAUCCCACAUGACCAACAAGAUGCAUGUGUACAUCUUAGCAUAUCAUGUAGCUAAGAGUUGAAGAGGCCUAGCAUGACUGAACUGCCACAGUGUAUUUUCAUUUGGUGAGGUAUCUUAUCUGGACGAAGAUCUGCUCCCCAUAUCAUAUUGUUCCAGGAUAAACUGUAAGAAAUGGGGAAAACAGCAGAGUUCAGUGUUUGCCAUUUGGCAUUAAAAUGAUUAAGGUGGAGGAUUUCAAGAAGACAGCAGAUGCUCCUAGGGGUGUGGGGAUAUUAAAUGCCUUUUAUUACAAACAAAAUGUGCCUGUAAUAGGUUUAUACAAUACUGCGCUAACAUUUCAUGCCAUGUUAAGGGUUAACUUACAUGCUUUAUGUUGCCUGACUCCAAGGCCACACUGCAUCCUUUGACUACUUUUAUUGUUGAUAUGGAUGCCAGUGGGAUUUUUGCCACACAAUUAAAGCCACUGGUACAGAAAGGAUUUUUUGGAGAAUAAAGUGAGGAUGUUACAGUUCUCCUGGAUAUCUGGUGCUGAAGAACUUUUUUUUCUUUACCCUUUUGCAGUAUUCUCUCUGUAAUAUGAAUUAAGGGUACAUUGCCAUGUACAUUUAAAGCUGUUCACUGUGCUCUAUUGGACUUUAUUGAACCACCAUUCACUGCAUGAAGAAACUAUGGCUGUUUAGGCAGUUUAGAAAUAUGUCUUUGUUCUCAUGGGUCUGGCAACCAAGUUUUACUAAGUUCAGCUGCUGUGUACUUGGUCUGUGGCUUUUGAUCACCACAAGAUAUGGUUGGCAUAGCAAGACGUAUUGGAAAAUCAUGGCUCAGCUCAUUCAAAAAGUAGGAACAAGGAAAGUUUGUGGUAGGGUUUCAGUUGAGGAAUUUGAGUGCCAGAGUCAGUAUCUGUUGUUUAUAUUAAAUGUGCACUUAACAAACUGGAAUUCAGUGGCCUUCUGUUGCUGGAGCGUGGGCACUGAAAUUCAAGACCAGGUUGGCUUGAAGUGUCAGUGCUCCUGCUUAACACUCACCACUAGGGAGCCUGGACACCAGGUGUGAUGCCACCAAUCCAGCUGUGCCACAGCCCAGUUGAUAUGGUUGAUAAGGGGGCAGGGAAACCUGGGGACACUACUGGUAAAAAAGAAAAAAAGGCAUUGGUCUGUUUAUCCCUUUUUAUUAAAAUUCUGCAGGGAAAAAAUGAUUUCAAUAGGGUUAUAAUAGUAAUUUAGUAAUAGUGUUAUAUCUAUAAGUGCCUAUAGUUAAAUGUGUGACAGCAUACUUUAAGGCUAAUGUGCAAGAUGUUAUGCCCGGGGCCUGUCUAUCCCCAGUGCCAUGCAGCUGCAGAACAGGCAAUACAUGUGCCAGCCUGGACUGUGGUAUGUAAUGUAAGGAACAAAGAAAGAAUUCUUAGUUCCCAUACAUAAAUGAUGCCUGGUAGCUUUUGUAUUAGGCCUGGCUGACAUUAAGCACUUCAAUUAACACUUGCAAUUGCAGAUUUCAUAAAAAAAACAGUCUGUAUACUUACAGUUGUAGUUGUCAUAUUAGUCUCGAAUAGCUGGCCAAUGCUCACUAUAGGAAGUAAAUCUUGUAACUUAACACCUAAGGGCUAUGUUACAAGGGGUGCUUUCUACACCUGUGUGAUUCAAGCAGCAGGGUAGAACCUGAGACAACCCAGGGCACCUACCACAGACUUCAAUGGGAAAUUCUUGACAUUGCCCGUGAACCUAUGGUUCUUAGCCUGGAAGCAGUAUAAUCUUGUCCAAAUAAGAACUGCAUGUACCAUGCAAUUUCCGUUGGUCAGUGGGAGUUGUCAGAUUUGCCACGAGCCUAAACACUAUAUUAAAUUUCUGUAUAGCUCAACAGAGAAUUCUGUUGCUUGUAAGUAAUUGAACUGCACAUGAAAUUCAGAAGGAGGAUCUAGUAGUGACCACUGAAAUCACUUGUGUAAACAAUGCUGUUUUUUUGCAUAGCAAUACUGGUUGCUUAAUUGUCCUGCCUUGUCACCCAUGCCAUGACUUUGUUUUUUUUAUUUCCGUUGACCUUCCUUUUUAUGCUAUGGCUGAUCAAGUUGUAGUCACUGUUAAUGGCAUACAUAUGUUUAGUGCAAAUGCUAUAGUAGGUCUCUCUGUAUUUUUAAACAACUGUGCUAAAGGCUUAUACCAGGAUUAUGAAUUUGCCCUUAUAGCGCCACUUUUUAUUCAUUUCAAGAACCUCCUGGAUGCCAUGCUGCUGAUUCUCUUAGCUCAAUGCAAGCUCUUCAUUUGGUCAAGAUAUUGAGAUUAACAAAUGUUUGUCUUUUUUUUAGUAUAUUUCAUUAUAAGAAAGGACAAUUGAAACUGCUUUUAGUAGUAGUAACCAAUAUUGCCAAAAUGUUUUGCGGUUUUCUACAGCUUAAGUAGCCCUUUAAAAUGACAUUGCUAUUAAGAGACUGUUUUUUUUUUUUAUCGGUUUUAAUUACAGUUGCACCCAGGAAGCUGUAGGUCAAAUUUAUCUGGUUGCUAGGAAUCUACUUACCCUAGAAACCAGACAGAUGUUUGAAUGACAGACAAGAAAGAAAGUGGGGAUUAUUUAUAAACACGGGGCAAAUAUGCUACUGGGCAAUAAUACUUAGUAACUAAUCAACAAUAAGCAUUUUUUCAGCCAGCUGCAAGUAGAACAGUGGAAGCAAACAUCUGACUGUGUGCCAUGGGUUACUGCUCAGGGGCAAAUUUGCCCAGUUCAUAUAUAAACCUCAGUGGCUAGGAGUGGGUCUAAAAUGGCAAAUAAAACACACACAGAAGUGUAAAACUGCACAUCAUACAAAUGCUUUAUUCUAAGAUUCCCAGUUGAUACAGGGCUUAUUUUUGCUUUUCUAUUUAAAAAAAAAAAAAAAAAAAAAAAAAAAGUUCUGUUGAUUUUUUUACACAGAUCCAGACUGGGAUUCAAAUUAGACCCUGGCAUUUCAGGUACCCAGAGGGCCCAAACAGCCCCCCACCAGCCCAGUAAAUAGACAUAUGGCGCCUUACAGAGUCCAGGACAGCUAGUAUAUAUGAUAGAUAUAAAUGUUCUAGGUGAGAUUAUUGCUUUGCUGUACUUUGCACAGAUUUUAUAGGUUUUAUGACAGAUUAUAUGUAACUUUCUUGUGUUGUCCAAUUUUUCUUUUUCUUGGUUCAGAAUGAUAAUGAAUCCAAUCAAUAAAAUGACUGUUACGUGAGAAUGAAAGGGCUGGGGUUGUGCACUGAUGGGUGGGAAGUGUCCCUAAGGGUUGUUGUCUGAUAUUAAAAUAUAUGCAGUAUGUACAUAUCCACAUUAUAAUUAAUAAUAUUGUUAGCAAUAACUGAAUUCACAGUAGAAACCAAUCAUGUGUCCCUCUGAACUCCAGCUUUAGAUGCAACCACCAUGCCCACCUGGUAUCUGGGCCAGGAAAUGAAUGCCCUCUCUCCUCUGCUGCCAUCUCUGUGCUGAUAUUGAAUGGCGCACAGAAGAGAGAAACACUUAUCUACAGUAACUUUCUCUCUCAUGCUAAAAAGCAGACAUUGUUACAUGUUACAGUUAAUGGCUAUCAUCGUACAUAUUAGGGAUGCGCCAAAUCCCGGAUUCGGUUCAGGAUUCAGGCCGAAUCCAGCCUUUUUUUGAUGGAUUCGGUUUUGGCCGAAUCCAACGUCCAUGUUGAACUGAAUCUGAAUCCUAAUUAGCAAAAUUAGCAUAUGCUAAUUAGCACUCAGAAAGGGUUAAAUUUUAGGGGGGGGGUUAAUGCUAAUUCGGAUUUGGCAGAAUCCAUCAGGGUGGGUUCGGGGUUUCGAUGCAUCCCUAGUACAUAUAAGCAUAUGUGACCUCAAAUGUGUGCCAGGCAGCAAUUUUUGGGUGACCAUGUGUGCCAUAAGGAUGUUGGUUCCCAUUGUCAGGAUCUGAAAAUAAGUCCUGGUGUAUUUGUGCCACAUUGUGAGAAAAAAAAACAGAAUCUCCCAAAAACUUGCUGUUUACCCUUUUUUCCCCGCUUAUGUUUACUGAUGUGUUAACUGUGAGGGGUGUGUAUAUAUGAAUGGCAGCAAGUGUCUCCUGUGUGCAUGGGUACUGUGGCACUGUAGCACUAUGUGUGUCUGUUUCUUUAGCAGGGGAGGCAAAUGAAGUUACACAUACUGCUGUACAGUGCACUGCUCUAUACCUGUAUACAAAUACAAUGUGACCAUCCUCUUAUUAAAUGUUGCAGUUGUCUUUCUAAAGGAAAUAAACCACUUUUCUAAAGGUU